ACAUUUAAACUGCUUCAAGCUGUGUAAUUUAUAAUUGCAAAAUUUUUUGUUCAGAAGACAUGAAGUUUCUAUGUCAUUUCAAAUAAGUUGUGAAUAUUUCAGAAUUGUGUUUACUAGAAAUUCGAUCAUCUUUUGAAAACUCCAAAAUAAAGACGAAAUAAAACUAGUGGUGAUUCGAAAAAGAAAAAAUUCUUAUCGCUGGAAAUAGUUUCUUUAUUUUCUCUGAAAAGACAGCUACUAUUCUCAAUUAAUUUGUCAAUAAAAUAAAUAAGUGCAACAUGUCGGGUUUUGAUGAAAAUCCUUUUGGAGAACCAGUCUUUUCAGAUCCUUUCAAAGAUCCAUCAAUACAACAAGUAGCUCGUAGCACCGCAAAUAACAAUCAAAACCUUGAUGAUUACGAUCCAUUUUCUAAUAAUUCGCAGCCAACUCAACCAGCAACACUUCAGACCAAUAAUCAGACUUUGCCAGCAUAUUCAUCAUCUGGUCAACAAUAUCAAGUUAACGAUGCACCGACAAAUGCAGCGGGGAGUGGAGUCACUCAAAUUAGUACAGCUGAAUUACAGAAACGACAAGAGGAACUUGAACGAAAAGCUGCUGAGCUAGAGCGACGUGAAGCGGAACUUUUGAGAAACAGUAACACUGCAGGUGUUCGACGAAACAAUUGGCCUCCGUUACCAGACAAGUUCUGCGUUCAGCCCUGCUUCUAUCACGACAUCAACAUUGAUAUUCCUUCAGAGUUCCAAAAAAUUGUCCAGCGUUUAUACUAUCUUUGGAUUUUUUACACUGGAGUUUUAAGUGCUAAUGUUAUUGGUGCAUUAUUCAUUUUGCUUCUUCAUGCUGAAUUUUCGAUUUUCUUCCUUGCUGUUUUCUAUUGUCUUUUAUUCACUCCAGCUUCUUUCCUUUGUUGGUAUCGUCCAGCAUAUAAAGCUUUCAAAGACGACAGCAGUGCUAACUUUAUGCUGUUCUUCUUCGUUUUCUUCUUUCAAUUAAUCAUUAUGAUCAUUCAAACGAUUGGCUUGCCAAAUGGAGGGACCCUUGGAUUUUUUACAGCUAUUUCACUAUUUGAUGGACGAGUUAUGGGGACAUUACUUGGAUUGACCAGUUUGUUAAUUGCUAUAGGAUUUGGUAUUGCUGCUGGCGGAGCUGCACUUUUAUUAACAAAGGUUCAUGCAAUAUAUCGAAGCAGUGGAGCUAGCAUGGAUAAAGGUGUACAAGAGUUUCAACGAGAAUUCUUCCGUAAUCAAACUGUUCAACAAGCUGGAGCUGAUCUGGCAAGAAAUGCAGUGCAGUCGGAAUUAAAUCACUCGAAAUUCGUUGAUGAUUUCGGAUUUUCAAGAAAAUCUAUUAAAAUGGGAAAAUCAAAGAAAACUAACAAGAUUAGAACAAAUUUUGGAUUUUCUCAAGGUUUUGAAGAUCAAAUAAAUGAGGGUCGCGUAGCAAAAAGUAAAAGUAAAAAGUUGGGAAAAAUUCGUUUGAGAAGUGAUGAUGAAGAUGAAUCCUACAUUGAUUCCAGGACAACCCAACGUAUUCUUAAAGUUGCACAAAAACAACGUCUUGAACUUGCACAAGAAUUUGGUCCGACACCAGGAGAAGCAUCAAACAGCGGAAUUAAUGUGAAAAAGCCAAUUUAUCAACACAGCGACAGUGAAUCCGAUUCUGAUAAAUUUGAUAAUGAAAAAGAAGAAUAUAAUGAACAUGAUUUCUUCGAUGACUUGAAAAUUAAUGCUGAGGAUGAACAAGCGCUACAAAUGUUUCAAAAUAAAGAUGGACCGAAAACCCGAACACUUGCUGAUAUCAUUCUUGAAAAGAUUGCUGAACGUAAAACAGAAAUACAAACACAGUUUUCAGACAAUGGAUCACUUGCAUUGGAUGAAAUCGAUCCUCGCGUGAAGGAAAUGUAUGAAGGUGUUCGCGAUGUCAUGAAGAGAUACAGAAGCGGGAAAGUUCCAAAAGCCUUCAAAAUUAUUCCGAAAUUAAAGAAUUGGGAGCAGAUAUUAUUUUUAACAGAGCCUCAUAAUUGGUCCUCAGCUGCAAUGUAUGAGGGCACAAAAAUUUUCGUUACUGGUCUUACAGUAUCCAUGACUCAACGAUUCUACAAUCUUGUUCUCCUUCCUCGUGUUCGUGAUGAUCUUGCUGAAUUCAACAAACUAAAUGCGUUUUUGUAUCGGUCAUUAAGGAAAGCUUUGUAUAAGCCUGCAGCAUUCUUCAAGGGAAUAAUUCUUCCCCUUCUUGAAGCUGGUGACUGCACACUUCGAGAAGCGAUCAUUUUCGGAAGUAUCAUCAGUAAAACAGCUAUUCCUGUUCUUCAUGCUGCUGCAUGUCUGUUAAAGAUUUGUGAAAUGGAAUACUCAGGUGCAAAUUCAAUAUUUAUUAGAAUAUUUCUCGAUAAGCGAUAUGCACUUCCUUAUCGAGUAAUUGAUGGCGCCGUUUUUCAUUUCCUUCGUUUUGAAAAUGAUUCACGUGAGCUUCCAACACUUUGGCAUCAAGCGCUUUUAUCUUUUGUUCAACGUUACAAGAAUGACGUUUCGUCUGAACAGAAAGAAGCUUUACUUCAACUUUUACGUAAAAAGAGCCAUCCAAGAAUAACUCCGGAAAUUAGACGCGAAUUGCAAGCCGGAAAGACUCGCGACGUUGAAAUGGGUGCCUCAUUAAGAUGUGAAGAAGAACAAGAUAUGGAUACAGAUUAAAUUGAAUUAAUUUAAGCUAUGAAAUUCAAUAAAAAUGCGAUAAAACUUUAAGAAAAAAAAGAAAAAUUAUCAUUCUUAAUUAGAAAUAGUCUCUUGGAAUUAUUGGGGGAUUGUAAUUUUUUUAUGUAUCCUCAAAGCUUUAUUUUGUAUCGAUACAAUGUAGCAAUAAGUGCUACGCUAAUUAAUUGUUAAACAUUAAAUCUGUUUCGACCACGGUUCACAUAGCA